AUGAGCAUCAGUCCUAUGGAAAUCUGUCCUGGUCAACUUCAGGGCUGGCUGCACAGUCCUCUGAUCACAGCAGUUGAAUACAACAAUCCCACUUCUUCAUACUUGAAAGAUAAGGGUUUGUUGGGAAGAACUGGACAUCCCGGUCCCUCUGGAGCAAAAGGUGACAAGGGCAGCGAAGGGCCUCCUGGGCAACCUGGACCACCCGGACCACCUGGUAUGCCAUUCAAUGAAGGAAAUGGAAUGAGCAGUUUAUAUAAAAUCCAGGGAGGUGUGACUGUCCCCAGUUAUCCAGGCCCUCCAGGCCCCCCUGGCCCAAAAGGUGAUACUGGUCCAGUGGGAGAACCUGGUGCGAUGGGGUUGCCAGGACUAGAGGGAUUUCCAGGUUUGAAGGGAGAUCGAGGCCCUGCAGGUCCUCCAGGAAUAGCUGGAAUAUCGGGGAAACCUGGAGCCCCAGGACCUCAGGGAUUUCCAGGGGAACCGGGUGAGAGAGGACCUGUGGGCGACAUAGGCUUCCCUGGACCAGAAGGGCCCUCAGGAAAGCCAGGAAUGAAUGGAAAGGAUGGAUUACCAGGUGCUCAGGGCAUCAUGGGUAAACCUGGAGAUAGAGGCCCUAAAGGAGAACGUGGUGAUCAGGGCAUUCCAGGAGAUAGAGGACCACAAGGUGAACGGGGAAAACCAGGCCUUCCAGGCACGAAAGGGUCCAUAGGUCCUGUGGGACCACCAGGAAGCAAAGGCUCUGUGGGAUCUCCUGGCCACCAAGGCCCUCCAGGCAACCCAGGCAUCCCAGGAACUCCGGCUGAUGCAGUUUCAUUUGAAGAAAUAAAGAAGUAUAUUAAUCAGGAGGUUCUAAGGAUUUUCGAAGAGAGGAUGGCUGUGUUCCUAUCACAGCUCAAGCUACCAGCAGCUAUGUUGGCAGCACAAGCUCAUGGGAGGCCUGGUCCACCAGGAAAGGAUGGAUUACCUGGCCCCCCAGGAGACCCUGGACCCCAAGGUUAUCGAGGACAGAAAGGAGAAAGAGGAGAACCAGGAAUUGGGCUUCCAGGGAGUCCAGGGCUUCCAGGGACUUCAGCUCCAGGUUUGCCAGGCUCACCAGGUCCCCAGGGCCCCCCAGGACCUAGUGGAAGAUGUAACCCAGAAGAUUGCCUCUAUCCUGUGUCUCAUGCCCAUCAACGGACAGGGAAAGGAAAAAGGAUUUUCUGAAUAGCACCAUUGCUCUGAUUCUAUA